UGAAAGAUUUAGGCUUAACUUUUCAAGAUACGCUAACCGUGAUGUAGCUCCUUUAACUAUCAUUGUAUCGAUUUCUCUUCUAGGUGGUCCUCCACCAACACCUCAUCCACCUGGUAAGUAUAAUUAUUAUCGUCUUUAUACGAUUGUUUGUGGAAAGUGUUACUCUUGCAUCAGGCCAUGGUACUCUUUCUGAUCUGCUCGCGUGAUUUAUCGUCUUAUAGAGUUACCACCUCUUGUGGCCAUAUACGCCCUCGAUGACGAAACCAAAACCAAAGAUCUCACAGGGAAUAACCCACCGGGCACACCAUCAAAUGUCAGUCCGGCACCAGGCCCCGACGGACGUCCUCGUGGAUCAACUCUCUUCAUCGGAUCGUCAAACAGUUACAUCGAGUUCCCAAACAAUGGCCGACUAGACACCAGGCGAUCCAUGACCAUCUUGGCCUGGAUCUAUCACAACGGGAGAUCUGGACCUAUCUUCAACUACGACCGGCGCGGCUUUGGAGUUCAUCUAUGGAUGGUUGGGCCCAGGGUGCUCUUUGUACGCUUUGUGAGACGCUCUCGCGGAAGAACCUCCUCAGUGGCGACCUACUCCAAGAAGCCGCGUUAUCGCGCGUGGAAUUACAUCGGAGCCACUUAUGAUUACAAUACAGGCGUCGCGACGUUAUGGCUCGACUCCAAGCCUGUAGCGAGGCAAAGUAUUGGAAGAUUUGACUUGGCUACCAAUUAUCCAGUUAGGAUGGGUGCAAGAAUAGGCGAUCGGAGGGCUUUCCGUGGGAAAAUCUCCUGCCUUCAGGUUUAUAGUAUUGCUUUGAAGCAGAAACAGAUUCGAGCAGCAAGGAAGCGGUGUUUCAAAAAACUGCCCGUCACGAAACCAACAAUUCCUGUUACACCAACCACGCCGCGAAUCCCAGAAAGUAAGCAUUUUCGUUUCAUCAUAUUUUGAAAUAUUUAAACGAUAGUGUGAAACAUAUGUAUUGUGAUAAUUGGAAUCCUU